CAAGCCAAAACCAACAACAACAGUAACAAACAAAACUUAUCAAAGAUCAUCACGGACAGAAAUUCGCGAUUGUUCAGCGGUUGGCUAUUGAAUUACUCGUUAGAAUUAGUUGAGGAUCUUUUUAAGUACUUUAUAUGUUUUGCCAAAUCAUCGAAUCCAUAGCACUACAGAAACUUAAGAGCCAUGUCACGGGUCACCAAAAUCAAGCAUGUACUGAAAGAGCAGGAAGCGGAUGAGUUCGAAGUUCCCCGCGAUGACCAGCAGAUAGUUCGGGUAGUAGCCAGCCGAGGUAAUAAUCUACAUGAAGUGGAAACCGCCGUUGAAGGUGAAGAACGAUUUUUGGUCUCGAUGCCGGUCAAAUUCCGCAAGAACGUGUGGAUAAAACGAGGUGACUUUGUACUGGUCGAACCCAUCGAAGAAGGCAACAAGGUCCGGGCAGAGAUAUGCCGCAUUCUGACGGCCGAGCACAUAAAGGUCUUCGAACAGGAAGGGUGCUGGCCGAAGCGAUUCACAAAGAAGCGUCAACAAGAGGAUGAAAUGGACGAAGAUGGGUUGGUUAGGAACACAAACAGACGGUAUGAAGAGUCAGACAAUGAUGAUAGCGAUGAAGAUGACGAAACGGACGAUGAUACCGGUGAUGAAAAAUGAAAAAAAAACAUUUUCGUUUAAGAAAUGUCUGCGUUUAAGUAAAUACACUAAAAUAUUAUAUGGCAAUUCGGCAAUUAUUAUUUUAAAGAUAACUGUAAGUAAAA